CCAGGCUUCUGGAGCAGCUCAGCGCUGGGUCUCUGAAGAUGUCGGAUGAGGAGUUUGAUGAUGACUACAGUGCCAACGAACGAGAAAAGCAGGGAGAGGAGGGGGAGGAAGAGAAGGAGCCAACAGAGGAGGAGGAGGAGGAGAGCUUGUCUCCCCACCUUCUUACAGAAGAGAUCAUGAAGGAAGGCCUCUCCCUCUUGUGUAAAACAGGCAAUGGCUUGGCUCAUGCCUAUGUAAAACUAGAGGCAAAGGAAAAGGACCUGACAGAUAUCAGCCUUCUCCAGAACUACAUUCAUUUGCGUUAUGUGGACUUGUCAGAGAACCAGCUGCGAGAUCUGUCUCCUCUGGGCAGCCUCAUCCACCUUCUGUGGCUGAAGGUGGAUGGGAAUCGGCUGAUCAGCGCCCGUCUCCCAGAGCUGCCCUACCUUCAGAUUGCCAGCUUCACCCACAACCGAAUCAAGGACACGGAGGGCAUUACCCACCCACGCCUGGCCAGCCUCAACCUUAAAGGGAAUGAAAUCCAGGUGAUAUCGGGUCUGGAUCCAGGGAAGCUGACAAACCUGCACACGGUGGAGCUGCGAGGAAACAAGCUAGAAACCACCACAGGGCUGCACCUGCCCAAGCUCAAAAACCUUUACCUGGCCCAAAACUUCAUUACCCACCUUGAGGGCCUGGAGGAACUGGUGCAGCUUACGACCCUGCAUCUGCGUGACAACAGGCUUGAGACCCUGGAUGGCUUCUCUAAGAGCAUGAAGUGCCUGCAGUACCUCAAUCUGCGGGGGAACGGGAUUCUGAACCUUCAGGAGAUGGCAAAGCUGCAGGUUCUGCCCAUGCUGCGGGCACUGGUGCUGAUGGACAAUCCCUGUUCUGAUGAAGGUGAAUACCGGAUGGAGGCUCUGGUGCUGCUUCCCCGUCUUGAGCGUCUCGACAAGGAUUUCUUUGAGGAAGAUGAGCGGGCAGAGGCCGAGGAGACACGGCAGCGACGCCGGGAUGAGGAACAGGAAAUGGAGGAAUCUGCCCAAGGGGAGGUGACUGAGUGACCCUCCAGUUGACCCUAGAGUCUCUCAGAACUCUGUGGGGCAGGAGUAGGUUGGCCAGGGAGCAGGACCAGUGUCUACGGCUCCAUGUAUUUGGCCCUCAGAGACCAUUCCUUUGCCCACACUCCCUGUCUCUCCUGGGAGAAGUUGGUGUCAGACACCCCCCUGUGCUGCCCAAGGGAAUGCAGCUCUAUUGCAGUCAGUGCAGCACAGGCUCUGCUCCUCACAGGCCCAAGGAGAAGGAGGAACAGUUAAG